UGCCGUUGAGCAACAGUUGGAGCUCGCAGUGUGUGUGUGUGUGUGUGUGUGUGCGUGUGUGUGCGCGCGCGCGUGUGAACGUGACGUCAGCAGGACACAGAGUUGUACUUUUCAACCCGCGGCUGUUCUUAUCCGACGAAAAAUGACAACAACAACCCGGUCACCCUGCAUGUGCAGCGCGCGCCCGCCUUACUUGUUUACUACCUUCAGAGUACAGGGGGUGGGAUUCCUUCACGCGCGCUCUCCCAUUGGUCGAGCCCACAUCUCUUAAGUGACAGUCCCACGCGCCGCACGGCAGACGUUAAACGGCAGCAUCUCCCGGGACUAUAGAGAAUUUAUUUUUAUUUUUUAAAUCUCGUUUUCACAUCUCACCCGUUAGUUUGAGCUUCUUGUCGCGUUGUUUGGAGCAUGGCGGGUAAAAUGAGGCUCGUCCGGUCGCUGGUGAAGACGGCGGCGCGCGUGAACGUGCCCGAGCACGUCGACCACUUCUCCAAGUUCUCCCCCUCUCCCCUGUCCAUGAAGCAGUUCGUGGAUUUCGGCUCCACCAACGCCUGCGAGCGCACGUCGUUUGUCUUCCUGCGCCAGGAGCUUCCCGUCCGCCUGUCCAACAUCAUGAAGGAGAUCGCGGUGCUGCCGGCCCGGCUGCUGGUCACGCCCUCGGUCCGGAUGCUGCACAGCUGGUACUCCCAGAGCCUGAUGGAGAUCCUGGAGUUCCUGGACCAGAACCCCGAUGACCACAGAGUCCUCGGCACGUUCGUGGAGGUCUUGGAGUCCAUCAGGAACCGGCACAACGAGGUGGUCCCCACCAUGGCUCAGGGGGUCAUCGAGUACAAGGACGCGUUGAGCCGGCACGACCCCGUCACCGACCACAGCAUCCAGUACUUCCUGGACCGCUUCUACACCAGCCGCAUCUCCAUCCGCAUGCUCAUCAACCAGCACACUCUCGUCUUCAACGGCAACACAAACCCCGCCCACCCCAACACGAUUGGCUGCAUCGACUCCAUGUGCGACGUGUCGGAGGUUGUGCGAAAUGCCUAUGAGAGCGCUAAGCUGCUGUGUCAGCAGUAUUACCUGGGAGCACCAGAGCUGGAGCUGAGGCAGAUGAAUGCCAACAGCAGCAGAGAGCCCAUCCAGCUCUCGUACGUCCCCUCUCACCUCUACCACAUGCUCUUUGAGCUCUUCAAGAAUGCCAUGAGGGCGACCAUUGAGAACCACGAGGCCAGCAGGACCCUCCCCCCCAUCAAGGUCAUGGUGGCUCUCGGUGGAGAGGACCUGUCAAUCCAGAUGAGCGACAGAGGAGGCGGCGUUCCCUUCAGGAAGACGGAGCGUCUGUUCAGCUACAUGUACUCCACGGCGCCCAGACCCUCCAUGGGAGACAAGCACAGAGCGCCACUGGCGGGGUUUGGCUACGGUCUGCCCAUCUCUCGCCUCUACACUCGCUACUUCCAGGGAGACCUGCAGCUCUACUCCAUGGAGGGCCACGGCACCGACGCCGUCGUGUACCUGAAGGCGUUGUCCACGGACUCGGUGGAGAGGCUGCCGGUGUUCAACAAGACGACUCUGCGUCACUACCAGCUGAGUCUGGAGGCGGACGAUUGGUGCGUUCCCUCCAAGGAGCCGCUGGACCUCGCCGUGUACCGCGCCGCCAAGUGAUCGGGCCGUGACCCGCGACACGAUACUACCGCCACGAGCCCCGCGGGGAGCUGAGCGAGGACGAGACGUCCGCCAAGAGACGGGGUGGGGGGGACUAUCACCCAGGCCGGUCGGCGUGGUGACGAGACGGAGCUCCGAUCGUCUGCGAAGUCCUUGGAUUCCCGGAGCGUCGUCUUCAUCGGACCUCCCUCUCUACGUGUGCUUCAGAUGGAGGAAGAGAUUAAGAAGGUCGACUUUAAGACGGCGGAUGGUCAAAGACGCCGUGGUGGAAAUCCAGAAAGACGAGGCGAGACGGAGCGGUGACGUUAGCUAAAUAGUCGUGCUCAGCAAUUUGAGGAAAAUAUCUGGUGGUGGUCGUUACCCGACCGACAUCGGGACUGGGAUGUGGAACAUGGGAGACCUGUUUUGCUGAUUCUUUCUGAAUGAAGUUUAUUUAACGGGGUUUCUCAGCCAAUUGGGUCUUUAGGUUUGAAAGUGGCCACGUAAGUUCCCGUCCACGUUGACGGAGGAGUGUGGUUUCCUUUGUUUUUGCUUCAAGAAAUGGAACAUUCCGUCUUUUUUAUUCAAAGCUCUUGUUAAGUUAAGUAGUUAAAAAUACUUAUUUUACCUCACUCACAAUCUUUCACUAAGACAAACCAAAUACUUGUGUAGCGCAAGUAAACCUAAAAAAAACAAAGUAAAGCUACAUUGGGAAGUUUAUUUUGAAAAGAGAACGUAUGCGUGUAACAAACAGGAAGUGACGGGUCCAGGCCGACGCUUAAGGGUUACGAUGAAGAGUAAACGUACUAAGCUGGCUGCUAGGCAACUAGUCGGGGGCAAACUACGCAAACUUGUGGUGUUUUGUGCGUGUUCACAUUGACUCAGUGAGUCUUUGCUUGAAUCCCUACAGUUCCUGACGGACGCUGACUUCAGGGUCAUCCAGUCAGAGGUCGUCUGUCACUAAAGGUCAACGUGUCUCCUGGAGACGGGGACGGUUGUUCAUUAAUCUGCUUUGAUCAAAGUGUGAAAUGCACCUUUAAUCAGUUUGUUGACCUGCGGGUCCAAACUGCAGAGUGUGUUUGACUGUAUGAACGCAGCUGUGUGUUGGAAAUAAACUUAUAUCAGCGAUGUAGUAACUAUCUCUCUCUCUCUCUGUGUGUGUGUGUGUGUGUGUGUGUAGAUACGUCUGAAGUGUCUCUAUUGUAUACCUAAUAAAGUAAACUGUUUAUAA